GUUACUUUACCCGUAUGUUCGUUACUUUACCCGUAUGGUGUUCCCGAAUGCCGACGUUUAGAUAUUCCGUGUUCUGACUGAGAAGUCAUCUCGAAUUCAUUUUGAACUCAUAACGUUUUCGAUCGGCAAGCUAAAAUCGACGUAACAACUACUAUCUCACCAGGAUUGCACCGGCGGUAACAGGAAGCAAUGGAGUCCGAUACUAUACCUUUAGUCAGCCGUUUGGAUAAGCAAAACGGAGGUCGUAUCAAGGGGCACUCCAAUGGAAAGAAUAGCCAUCCCGGAUCAAACGGCACCAACGGCACAAAUGGAACCCAUUACGGAGCAGCGAACGGCAAAGGAGACGGCAAAUAUUACGAGUUCCCUCCUGUACUCUUGUCAUGGGAAGACGUUGUGGUGAAGGGAGCAGCGAAAACAGAGAAGAAGAGUUGGCUUGGGAAGAGGAAGACGAAAGGAGACCCGGAGCUUGGAAAGAGAGUCAUGAUGGAGACGAAGGAGAUACUUCGGAACGUUACUGGUAUCGCAGAGCCGGGUACUUUAACAGCCAUUAUGGGCGCUAGUGGCGCGGGAAAGACGACUUUGCUGAACACGCUCAAUCUACGCAGUCGUGAGGGACUGGAGGUUUCCGGUAGUAUCCUGGUCAAUGGCCGACCCAUUGGUCAUCAGAUGGCCCGACUGUCUGCAUAUGUUCAGCAAGAUGACCUCUUCCUGAGCAACCUCACUGUCAAAGAGCAUCUAACGUUUCAAGCAUGGGUGAGGAUGGAUCGUGAAAUACCUAUGAAAUCCAGAUUGCAUCGUGUAGAUGAGGUCAUCCGUGCGCUUGGUUUGAGCAAGUGUUCGGACACCGUGAUCGGAAACCCUGAUCGGGGAAUCAAGGGUACAUCAGGGGGUGAACGGAAGCGGCUCUCAUUCGCUUCAGAGGUUUUGACGAACCCCUCGCUCAUGUUCUGUGACGAGCCGACGUCGGGACUAGAUUCGUACAUGGCCCAAAACGUGGUCGAAACCCUGCGCGGUCUGGCAUCCGAGGGUCGAACCAUCCUGUCUACCAUCCAUCAGCCGUCUUCCGAGGUUUUCGCCAUGUUCGACAGAAUUCUGUUGAUAGCAGAGGGUCGAACAGCUUUUAUCGGAACAACGAAGGAAGCUAUCGACUUCUUUUCCAAUCUGGGUUACGUGUGUCCGAAGAAUUACAAUCCGGCUGAUUUCUUCAUUCAAACGCUAGCCAUUGUGCCAGGCGAGGAGGACCACUGCAAGGAAAAGGUUGAGGCAAUCACGGAGGCGUACGAUGUGUCUGAAAACUCCAAGAAGAUCCGCGUCAAGAUUCCACCCACUAUGAGUCAUGCGCUUCAAGCUCUUGAUGACGAGGGGGAGAAUUCACCGUACAAGGCAUCAUGGUGGCAGCAAUUUCGGGCAUGUUCUUGGCGAGCGUUCCAGAACAAUCGAAGGGAACCGCUUAUGACUACUGUGCGUUUCACACAGACUGUGGUAAUUGCUCUUAUCCUAGGUCUGGUGUUCUUGAGACAGCACAUCGAUCAAGCAGGGAUCCAGAACAUCAAUGGCUGUCUCUUCAUCAUCAUCACCAACUCGGCCUUCAGUAACACAUUCGCUGCUGUUCAGAUAUUUCCCCUGGAGAUGGCAUUAAUCAAACGAGAACACUUCAACGGAAUGUAUCGAGUGGAUGCUGUUUUCAUAUCGAAAGUUCUCGUAGAGUUGCCCUUCCAGUACAUCUUCCUACCGAUUAUCUUCAUGACAUUACCAUACUGGAUGGUUGGUAUGUACCCUUACCUCUCGAAUUACGUGGUUGCCUGCUGCAUCUCAAUACUCGUAACCAAUUCAGCUGUCUCUUUUGGUUACUUGCUGUCAUCUUUGAGCGGGACUGUAUCGAUCGCUUUGGCCAUCACUCCUCCGUUGCUACUACCCUUCAUGCUGUUCGGUGGUCUCUUCAUCAAUCUCGCCGACAUUCCAGUCUACAUCCGGUGGGUCUCACGCUUGUCUUGGUUCAGUUAUUCCUACGAAGCAUUUCUGAUCAACCAGUGGGGGGAUAUAGAUCAUAUCGCCUGUCCAGUUAACAGUACCAUCCCAUGUAUAUCAAACGGCAACCAAGUCCUGGAAUCGUCUUCGUUUUCGAAGAACGAUUUUGCAAUCGAUUUCAUCGGCCUGUUUGCCCUGAUCAUAGGGUAUCGAUUAGUGGCUUACAUCGUGCUUCUGAUCCGUUGCCGACGAAAAAAGUGAAAA